AUGAACCCCCGCACAAAACGAACGAAAUCCCAAGCAGCGAUACUUGGGCUCAACUACUCGCUACUGGUUGCCAUUUACUCUACUCCCACUGGCAAUAGCGGUUACAAGAGCACCGUAGAGUCUAGAUCAUUAACCAUCAACCAUAAACCACUAACCAUUACCCAUCACUCGCGCGUGGCGACCAGACACCCUCCGACUCGUCUCCAGAUCGAAUACUACAUGUCGAUUAUCAGCUUUUGUGGUACAGUAGCCACGCCAGUGACGCCACGCCCCACCGGUGACUUCACUGCGGGCGCGAGGCGAGGGCGAGACAGUUACGUCGGUGGUGGUGGUGGUGGUGGUGGUGGUGGUCGGUGGCGGUGGUGGUGGUGGUGGUCGGUGGCGGUGGUGGUGGUGGUGGUCGGUGGCGGUCGGAUCGGGAACGGGAACGGAUGAGGGGAAGAGAGAGGAAGGGAGGGGCAGCGGGCGGGCAGGCGGGACGGUACAGUGGGCGGGACGGUGAGACACUCACACUCACACCCCCCAGACACACGCAGACACACGCAGACGCACUCGCGGCGCCGAGCGGGAGCUCCGAUUCGGUGCGUAGCGGAAUAUAAUGUUUCCGGGAAGGAGGGGAAAGGGGGGGAGGGAGAGAGAGGGGGGGAGAGAGAGAGACAGUCCGGUGUGCACCGCGCACCGCGCACGGCCGCUGGAUGUCUGGAUGUCCGGAAAGCUUAACGCCGGAUUCGGUGCGCGCUGGAAGCUGGACGUCGGACGUUGGUGCCGUUCCGCAGCCGUUCCGCGGUCCACGAAGCGAAGUGGGCUGGGGUGGGGUGCGGCGAGCGCGGCGGGGAGGUCUGUGUGGUUGUGUGUGUGUGU